CCCAGCGAUGGCGCUGCUCUAGGCUGGCCGGUGCGGGGAUCCCUCUCCACAUCCUGUAGGUGGGAAGAGCUCCGGUGAGUGGAGGCACCAGGCGAGUGCGGAGGAACCCGAUCCUGCCUUUGUCAUUAUACCACGGUACUAGCAUCUCCAAAAUGUUGGAGUCUCUACUGAAGCUGAACUGCACCUUCUGGGCUUUCUUUGGGGAAUCUCAUCCUGCCAUUUUGUGCCAAGCCUCAGCAGCCUGAACACAAUGAGAUACCCAGCCCAAUCUUACCCUCUGCUCAUCCCCAAGGUGACUCACUGAGAUGAAAGACAGAAAGUGGGAGAACAAGAGUUGCAUUCUGGAAUUGACAACUCAUGGCACACACUGUUAGAGAAUGCUGGUUGGCACUUAUCUUUUUGUUGAUGUGGCUGUUGAUUAAAGCAAAUAUAGAUGUGUGUAAGCUUGGCACCGUGACUGUCCAGCCUGCCCCCGUGAUCCCACUUGGAUCAGCUGCCAAUAUUUCCUGCUCUUUGAAUCCCAAACAACGCUGUUCAAAUCAUCCCAGUUCUAACAAAUUAACCCUCUUAAAGUUUGUCAAUGAUGUCCAUGUCGAAAAUCUCCAUGGCAAAAAAGUCCAUGACCACUCUGGUCACUCCUCCACAUUUCAAGUCACCAACCUGUCCCUUGGUAUGACCUUGUUUGUCUGCAAGCUAAACUGUAGCAACUCUCAAAAGAUGCAACCAGUACCAGUGUGUGGGGUGGAGAUCUCAGUUGGUGUUGCUCCAGAGCCACCUCAAAACAUAUCAUGUGUCCAGGAAGGAGAACAUGGAACUGUAGCCUGCUCCUGGAACUCUGGAAAAGUUACCUAUCUGAAAACCUAUUACACUUUACAGUUGACUGGACCAAAUAAUCUGACCUGUCAGAACCAAUGUUAUUCUGACAAUCGUCAGAGUUGUAGUCAUCUGGAUCUUGGGAUCAAUCUAACUCCUGAUUUAACUGAAUCCAGAUUCAUAGUCCGUGUUACUGCCAUCAAUGAUCUUGGAAAUUCUUCUUCACUUCCGCGUAUGUUCACGUUCUUGGACAUAGUGAGGCCUCUUCCUCCGUGGGAUAUCAGAAUCAACUUUCUAAAUGCUUCUGGGAGCAGAUGUACACUGAAGUGGGAAGAUGAGGGGCAAGUGGUGCUCAAUCGACUCAGAUACCAGCCUCUUAACAGCACAUCCUGGAAUAUGGUUAAUGCUACAAAUGCCAAAGGACGAUAUGACCUGCAAGAUCUGAGACCAUUUACAGAGUAUGAAUUUCAGAUCUCCUCUAAGCUUCAUCUCUCCGAAGGAAGUUGGAGUAAUUGGAGUGAGUCACUGAGAACAAGAACACCAGAGGAAGAGCCUGUUGGGACGUUAGACAUCUGGUACAUGAAACAAGACAUCGACUAUGACAGACAGCAGAUCUCUCUUUUCUGGAAGAGUCUGAAUCCAUCAGAGGCAAGGGGGAAGAUCCUUCACUAUCAGGUGACCUUACAGGAGGUGACAAAGAAAACUACACUGCAGAAUACUACAAGACACACCUCUUGGACUGGGGUCAUUCCCAAAACUGGGACUUGGAUUGCAUCCGUGUCUGCAGCCAACUCGAAAGGCGCUUCUGCACCCACUCGCAUUAACAUAGUGGACCUGUGUGGCACUGGGUUGUUGGCUCCUCACCAGGUCUCUGCAAAGUCAGAGAACAUGGACAACAUUAUGGUGACCUGGCAGCCUCCUGGGAAAGCUGCCUCUGCUGUUCGGGAGUACAUAGUGGAAUGGAGGGCUCUCCAACCAGAGAGCAUCAUUAAGUUUCCCCCACACUGGCUUCGGAUCCCCCCCUACAACAUGUCUGCUCUACUUUCAGAGAAUAUAAAGCCCUAUAUCUGUUAUGAGAUCCAGAUACAUGCACUGUCAGAGGACCAAGGAGGGUGCAGCUCCAUCCGGGGUGACUUCAGGCACAAAGUGCCACUGAGUGGCCCUCAUAUCACUGCCAUCACAGAAAAAAAGGAAAGCCUUCUUAUUUCCUGGACCCACAUCCCAUUCCUGGAGCAAAGGGGCUGCAUCCUCCAUUACAGAAUAUACUGGAAAGAACGAGACUCUACAGCACAACCUGAGCUCUGUGAAAUUCAAUACAGACACUCUCAAAAUUCACAUCCAAUAAGCAGCCUACAGCCCAGGGUGACAUAUGUCCUAUGGAUGACAGCUGUGACAGCUGCUGGUGAAAGUCCCCAAGGAAAUGAAAGGGAAUUUUGUCCACAGGGCAAAGUCAACUGGAAAACAUUCGUGAUAUCAAGCAUUUGCAUCGCUAUCAUCAUGGUGGGGACUUUCUCAAUUCGUUACUUCCGACAAAAGGCAUUUACUCUCCUUUCUACUCUCAAACCUCAAUGGUAUAGCAGAACCAUUCCAGAUCCAGCAAAUAGCACUUGGGUAAAGAAGUUUCCCAUUAUGGAGGAGCAGAUCCAGCCACCUACGGACGAUCUACUGAUGGCCUGGCCCACUCCUCAAGAGCCUGAGCCCCUGAUCAUCAACGAAGUCCUCUACCAAAUGAUCCCAGUCAGGCAACCUUAUUGCUUCAAAAGAGGACAAGGGUUCCAAGGUUACUCUACGUCCAAGGAAGACAAAAUAUAUAUUGCCACCAAUCCACAAGCUGCAGGAACUCUCAGAGCUGAGACGAGACAACUAGUGAAUCUAUACAAGGUGCUAGGAAGCAGGGACCCUGACUCAAAACUGGGCAGCCUGACCAGCCCCUUGACAGUCACCCCAGUGAACUACCUUCCUAGCCAUGAAGGCUAUUUACCAUCCAACAUAGAAGACCUCUCCCCACAUGAGGCUGAUUCAACUGAUUCUUUAGAGCUGGAGCAUCAACAUAUUUCUCUUUCCAUUUUUGCAUCAAGUUCUCUCCGCCCACUCACCUUCUGUGGUGAGAGGCUGACUCUAGAUCGGUUAAAGAUGGGCUAUGACUCCCUCCUGAGUAAUGAGGCUUGAUACCUAGAAAGUCAAUGUGCCCCAUAGUAGAUUUACAAAGGCAGCACAAUAUAUCUAUUUGCCCAGGUCCAGUGGUCACCAUCUUCAGUAGUAUCAAGCCUGUCUAUAGCCCUAGGACAGUACAGACAAGCCAGCUGUCUCUGGAUUAAGUUAGCUUCACCAUAGGGACUUAAGGGAUAAGGAGGUAAGACAGCAACACUGAUGAACAAUAUAGAAGGACCCCCCCAAGAUAGUCAUGCUCAUUUGUCACACACACACCAUGUGUUUCACCUUUAACAUCUGUCAAUCACCAUCCGCUUAAUGAAGAAUUGCCUCUGUGCUUUUACUCCAUGUAACUUCUGUUAUAGCAUGCACUGCCUUCAACACCGGUUAUCUCUGGUCUAAAACAGACUUAGCUGUUUAUUCAUAACUAUGGCCUGACCCAGCAUGCUCUCCUAUCAUAGCAAUGGCAGAGCCCAGCAUCACUUGAAAGGUCCAAGACAGUUUUUUCUUAAGUAUGAACCCUAUCUCCACCCCAUCCUCGCCAGUAACACUACUUUUCUGUGUCUGGUAUUUUCAUUUAACAAAGUAUCUAUUGCAAAUCUGUAUUUCCUUUUCUAACCUAACAAAUUAGCAAUCUGACCAUGUAACCCAACCUAGUCCUGCAGACUGCUCUUAUUUUUUGUUUACCAAACUUCCUAUGCACCUCUAGAAAUUGAAGAUCAGUUUGCAUAUAAACAUCCUUAGUCCACUGCCAUGAUAAGGCUACCUGUUCUCAGGGCAAUUCACUAGCAAUGUAGUGAACUCCUGCUGUUUUCUUGCUAUAUUUUCUCUUCCCUCAAAGCCCUAGGUGAUAUUUAAUUCCUCUUAAGGUUUCUCAACUCAUUAAAAGACCCAUGUUAAGGCUGAAAGCCUCUUCCAUACUUUCCUUCAUAAGAUUCUCUUGUCCCUUAGUAUUAGACUACAACCAACUUGGCAAGGGCUUCCCAGUAUAGUGCCUAUUUGUGUCACCUGUCAUCACUGUUCAGCUGGCUUGUUUCCCACCCUCUACUCUAGCACAAGCUUUCAUAAGAACUACUGAAAAUUUCACACGCAGGUGGGGGGGGGGAGGUUAUACUUUUAAUGUACAUUAAGAAUGUAUCACUUUGCCUGAUCUCUCAAUGAAUGUCAGAGGGCUGUAUAACGUUUCCUGUAACCUUUCCUGACCAUUCCAAGUAAUUUCUGUGAUUUCUUGCAAAACGUCUUCCCUUGAUCCCCAGAUAAAACUCCAAGCUUCAAGUCUUUCA